AUGGAGGCAGAGGGGCAUGUGUACGAGACGAAGGAUGAUCUGUGUCUGGUGAAGUGGUUGGACAACAAGGCUGUGACCUUGCUGUCAACUUAUGUUGGCCCAACGCCCACAUCCAAAGUGAAGCGGUAUGAUCAUUCCCUCAAGAAACAUGUAGAUGUUGACUGUCCUGCUGUGGUUGGUGCCUACAAUGCCAACAUGGGUGGCAUCGACUUGUUGACAUGAUGUGCACCUUGUACAAGCGUCAGAUCAAGUCAAGAAGAUGGUACUUAUACAUUUUUUACCAUUCUCUAACAAUGGCGAUGGCAAAUUCCUGGUUCCUGGUUCCUGUACCUCAGGGAAUCGAAGUCCCUCAAAAAUGACAAACCACUUCAGAUGAAGGAAUUUCAGAUUCGGGCCGCUACCUCCCUGAUGUGCCAAGGGAAGGUACCUCGUGGUCGUCCAUCGCUGCAGACACCACCACCAGCCAAGAAACAUCGGGUACAGCCUGGCCCACAGCUCGACAUCCGUUAUGACAAUGUUGGCCACUUGCCAAUGAGUCAAGAGAAGAAGGGACGGUGUAGAUUCUGUCCGACUGGAUAUAGCUUUUGGACAUACUCCAAGUGUAAAGUUUACUUGUGCUUGGUUUGUGGCAAAAACCAAAAGAACUGCUUUGCUGCCUAUCACAUGAAAUAG